GAACGCAUAUAAGAAGUCUUCCAAGUCUUACCUCCGAAGUAUGGUACUUAGUGGCCUGUUAGCUGGCUUCAUUGGUGGUUACCACUUAUAAUCUGGAGUCUGCAUUCUUGCUGUAGAUAUCAGGGCUGGGAAUGCUGUGAUUUGAUGGAUGUUAAAUUCUUUAUUCCUAUUAUUUCAGGAGCAAUAGUGAUUUGUGAGUAAAGUUAUCUAACCAAAGAGAGAAUUUGUCGUAUCAGAGUGUUUGAAAUCAGCUCUACCAUAGCUAGUUAUUUGAUAUUUUUGCCACACUUAUUAUUGGAAGUAUCCGUGUUCAUUAUGUCCAUUGUUCGUAUAAGAAUUAUAUCAAUUGAAUUCCUAUCCUAGAGUUAGGAUGCCAUAGAACUAAUGUGACUUUCUCACCUAAAACAAAAGGAACAUAAAAGUCACAAUUUCCGUAGCAGACUAAUAACUAGAGAGGAACACUGCUUAUUUCUAUGAACAUUACGCAGUUGGAUACCAUUGGAAGCACUGGCAUCGCAGAGUUCAUUCAUUCGUUCAGAUAGUAACGCUCUGGAAAAUUGCAUUGGAUGUCAGAAUUCCCAUCUAUGAUGGCGACGGCUGAUGAACGUUGCAGUAGCGGUAUGUUUCUUACUGUUCCCGCUCCUGAUGGCUUUGAAUCGGAUGACUAUCUCUCCGGGGCUUCAGACUCUGAAGAGACUUCAAAAUCUCCCGGGUCAAAGGUCAUCCAGAAGGCGCAUUCCAUCCGUGACAAAUUCUUCCGUCGUCCGUCCUCGAGUGGAAUGACUCCAAACAAACUCAUUGAGAUAAAGUCACCAAAGGCGAAGAAGGUUUCUCGUGGGUCGAGUUUCAGUGAGGGGACCUCGGUGAACGAAAAGAAGAAGAAAGAUCAGGAGGUGGACCGGCUCAAACAGGAUAGUAUGAAAGUGUUCAACGCAUUGAAAUACACGCAGGACGUUGUCGAUAAGAAUAUCCUUCAGCAGCUGCCAGGGAGCGCCACCAUCGUCCUGGAGACGAUCAUGGACAUCACUACGAGGCUGCUCAACAGUUAUUUUAGCCAGGAGAGUUCGGUGAUGAUCUCAACGUUCAACCAGGUCUACCAGAGCCUCGCCAACCUCAUCCGCUGGUCAGAUAAGGUGAUGAUGACGGCAGACAACCAGCCAGUCAACAAGGAGACAGCCACCUGCAUCAUCAAUGCUGUCAGUGAUGGCAUUAAUGAACUUAUGAAGCUCUCGAUCGACAAGCUGGAGCGGCAGGGAUCAGGCAACUACAAGAAUAGAAACAUUCGCAACGUCAACUCAGUCGCCGCUGCUGAUAAGGACAGGACCUCCCUCCCGGACAUCCCUCUCACACCACGUGAGAAGGAAAUCCUCCAACAGACGCAGUUGCCACAUUUUAGCUUCGACGUGAAACAAACAGAUGGCCAGCUCAAUAAUAAUGACAACACGGACACACCUCCUCCUCCAAAACCUCCUCUCCCUAAAGACUACGUGGCGGUCCUCAGGAAAAGUGCGACCUACCCCCCGGCCAAUUCUGACCAGCCGCCACCGCUGCCAGAAAAACGAAAAUCAGCUGCCUCACUAGAAUCUCCCACUUCACCCUCGCUGAAAGACGAAGUGUUUGCAAUGUUUAACAAGCUUUCCAACGAAUGCCACGCUUCGAUGCCGAGUUCAUCUCCGAUGGGUUCAACACCUCUCAGUGUCUCACCGAGCAGUAGUGUCGGCUCAGCGGGGAUCAAUAAAUCACGUGAGGACUUGAUAGCGGACAGUUCAUAUCGUGAUACAAAGAGCCCUUCACACACCAUCGAUCGACCAAUCGAUAGGCAGUAUUCUGAUUAUGAUAAUGAGCCAUUUCAGUGUGAUUCUUACAGUCCAAGUCAGCAAUAUGAUCGACAGGUCUCCGAUUAUGAAAACAAUGUCUGUGAUUCCAGUAGCGGGUCGGUUGAUGAGAUUAACCAACUCACCCAACAAAUACAAGGCUUGACGACGAAUAUUGACAAUAGAACUUCCCAGCAUGCACCACCGAUCCCGGAUAAAAAGACGAGUCUGGUCUACAAUGCCAACUCGGACUAUGAUAACAUAGUGAACGCAAACCCACAGGAUAUUCUGAGUAAAAUGAGAGAGAAUAUGGGUCAAAGUAUGUCCGAGCGGUUGGGCAAGUUUGGUAGCUCACCAGGAUUCCCGUUUCAGGAUAUGUCGUUCCAAGGUUUCCAAGGUUCAUCUAUGCUCAGUAGCAACACGGCCAUGAUGCCAUCUCUACAGAUGUCUAAUCCACCAGCCGGUGACGCGGUAGACUUAAGCAGCCAGAUGCAGCUGUCUACGUUGAAACCAAUGCAGACAUCCUCCCAGAUGAGCUCAUCCAGUUUGCAUAAUUUCUCAGUCCAGAAACAGCUUCAGCAUUCAUCAAUGUUGGCGUCACGUCAGGUCGUGCAGAAGAAAGUGGUCUCAUCGCAGACUUUUCAUUCGUCUCACCAGUCGUCCUCACAGGCUUCGUUUCAGUCUUCCUCCCAGCAGUCUUUCUCUCAAUCAUCACAACGCGUCACUAAGUCGUCUUACUCCUCCACAAAAUCUGCCUCACACAUCGGGGAGAACGGGAAUCUCCUCGCUGGCAAGGAAACCAUCAAACAAGAGACGAAGGCAUUCGGGGAGGCAAGCAGCACUGCCGUACUGCCCUCUGGUGAGAAUAUCACACACUCUCGCUCCCUCGCUCACGAUGCCAAGACUUACGAGGAGAAGGAGAUUGAUUGUACAGGAGAUAGUCCACCAAGAUUGAGACACAAGUUUGCACAUCAAUCUAAGACUUUGGGGAUUAAUGAAAUGAUGACAGCGGAGGGGACACAACGUGAGAUCAUCACCGGAGGAGAGGUGUUUGCCGCUGUCUCAGACGGCGAGAGUAAUGGCCAGGCACCGCCACUGCCGCCCAAGAAGAAAGCAAUUGAGGCGUACAUGCAGACAUUUGCUGGGUAUUCUCAGCCGAACUUCCUUGAGUUUAGCCGCCAUUCGAUGUUGUCAAACCGGUUCUAUCAGGAACAAUGGCACCAGAAACAGGUUGAGUUCUUCACACCGUUCCAGCGCUCCAAUACAAUCAGUGUAUCACAGCUUGGUCGGCAUUCUCAUGAGCCUAUCCUAGCGCGAGAGGCACGGAAUGCAGAUGAAUUACUUCUCGCUCCAGCGAUACCGCCCAAGAGAAACAGGUCGUUCUCGUCACUGACGACGAGCCUGUCAGAUCAAAACCUGGCGCUCUUCACGCCAUGCCAAGAUCAACUGAAGUCUCAGACAGAGUCGAUGUGCCAUCACUCACCGACCAAGCCGCAGCCUCUCAUGGCCAUCACGAUGGGCCGGGAACUGCCCAUCAAGACAAACAGCUUACCAGAGACCAUGGUGUCUGACAAGCCUGAUGUGGAACAAAAGCGACUAUCAGCACCAGUCGGUGAGGAGCCUGUGAAAGAGAUGCCAGCAUCAACGAUGGAGUCUAUCGUGUUGACCGAGGAUGAUGUGGAGAAUGAGGGACUCGUACAUGCCAUGGAUGUCACUGAACACAUCAUCAAACACGAGGGGGAUACUCAUGAAAUCCGAGGUGGGCCGAUUGAUGCUCUCAUUGUCCAUGCUACGAGUGUUGGCAAAAAUGACUGGAAUGACGAAGUGUCAAACAUGCUUGAUCAUCAUUUCAUGUACCAGGAGGCGUUCCUGACCACGUAUCGCACCAUGAUCUCCCCUGGUGACCUCAUCAAGAAGCUCAUCUCACGCUAUAAUAAAUUCUGCUACUGCAGUGACGAUAAGAAGAAGAGAUUAUCGAGGAAUACGUUUGCUCUGGUGAUCAGAAUCGUAGAUGAACUCUGCAAUGAUAUAAGUGACACCAUUAUCCAAGAUCUCUCUGAACUCGUAUUCCAACUGCUGUGUGAUGGAGAGUUGAUGCUGGCCCGUGCUUUACGGAAGACGCUCCUUGAGAAGUGCCUGAUAAAACAAGCAUUAGACGAAGCCAACCAGCAAAUCACAUACCUGCCGUCAAUACAAGUCUCAACACGGCAGAUGACGCUGCUAGAUUUCAAGUCACAUGACAUUGCUGCUCAGAUGACCAUGUUGGAUGCCGAGCUGUUUGCUACGAUUGAGAUUCCUGAGAUGUUACUCUGGGCCAGAGAGCAAAAGGAAGACAUGAGUCCAAACUUGACCAAGUUCACCGAACAUUUCAACAAGAUGUCGUACUGGGUGCGAUCGAGGAUCUUGGAGAAAAAUGAAAAUAAAGAGCGUGAGAAAUAUCUCGUCAAAUUCAUCAAGAUUAUGAAGGAGCUGAGAAAGUUAAAGAACUUCAAUUCGUACCUGGCAUUGUUGUCUGCCGUUGACUCAGCCCCGAUCAGGCGGCUUGAGUGGCACAAACAGAUCAUGGAUACUUUAAAGGAAAUGUCGGAACUGAUCAACAGUUCAUCGUCGUUCAAGGUUUAUCGUCAGGUGCUAGCAGAGACAGAGCCACCUUGUAUCCCUUAUAUUGGUCUGAUCCUGCAAGACCUGACGUUCAUCCACAUCGGCAACCAAGACUUGCUCCCGGAUGGCAGUGUCAACUUCACAAAGCGCUGGCAGCAGUUCAAUAUCCUUGAGGCAUUUCGCAGGUUUAAGAAGGCUCACUACAAGCACCCAAAGAACAAGAACAUUGUGACAUUCUUCAAUGACUUCGACGACCAUCUGUCGGAGGAAUCGCUUUGGCAAAUCUCCGAAAGUAUAAAGCCACGUGGAGGAAAGAAGUCAUAGCAUAGUGACUGUGAAAUAUGUGAUAGACUAGUUUGAUAUUGGAUACGGUGAUAGAGGAGAGUCCAGGAGAGGGAGGUUUUAUAGGAAACAAUGAGGAGCUCACUGCUUGAAACUUGUCCAUGCUUGAUGGGGGGGUUAUCAUCAGUAUGUCAAUCAAGCCCUUGCUACCUUGAGUUCAAGGAGACUGUGGACAGGAGCUUGAUAUAGUUUAUGAAUGUGACUGGAUUAUCUCACAGUACACUGUCAUGCUUGUAUGAGGUCUACGCAUGACCCAGUUCAUCAACUCACUAAAUCCGUUGGAAACAGUGAGACUGUCUAUAGUCUCUUUUAGAAGAAAGCCGAAAGCUGUUGAUUGGGAACUCGACAAGUUGUGCCUUGAUGAUUCCUGAGUGAGGGGUAAUCCUCACCUGACGCAGUGACUCAUCGUUGGAGAUGGGUCGACCUGACGAUACGUGUACAGUGUUGUUGUUGACUUAUACGAAGGGGCGAUUCCCCGGCUCAAACUGUUCUCGAUGGAAGAGUUGUUAUAAAUAAUUUUGUAAUGUUUGUAUAGGACCAUUUGUAUUCAUACUGCCACUAUUUAUGGAAUCCAAGCUACGACUGGUUGACACUAUUGACGGACAUCUUGAUGUGUUUGAAAGUCUGUUGUCGUCAAUGCCUUGGACAGUGAGCCUGUAGACAUGCGGUUAUCUGUAUGCUUUAGGUCGGUCUGUCUCGAGUUCGCAGCAUCAAACUGUGUCGAUGCUAUUGAGCUGGUUGAGCUGCGUCCGUUCCACAUAUUACAUGUGAGAUAGGUGUUUUGUAGAGGCCCUCUACUACCAGCAUGAUUGUGUCAACUCGGUACUUUGGCAAAGGGGCCGAGCCCUUGGAUUGUGAUUGUAGCAAAAACUACCAGGGUGAUUUUUCUGAAACAUGUAUGGAUGACACCAUGGCCCACUUUUUAAUUUCAAUUCUUUGUUUUACCAUAAUUGAUGUUUUUGGCCAUGGUGUCAUCCAUGAGAGUUCCAGAAAAAUCACCCUGGUAGUUCUUGCCACAAUCACAAUCGAAGGGCUCGAUCCUUGAGCAUUCAGCCACUUUGAGGUGGAACGGCGAGUGUUUGUCUACCAAAGUUGCAGUGAAGUCUCUGAGGAGAUUGGUCAGGCUUGGCUAAAAUAGUUCUUCUGGGGGAAUUCAAUGCCUAUUCUUAGGUUCUGUCUGUUUUAUGACUGGGGUGAAAGAUAUGGGGGGAGUGCUUACAGCACAAGUCAAAAAGUUAGCUGACUUGUUGUGUUGGCAAGAGGUCAUUUAUUUCAUAUUUGUUUCGCAACAAGCAUUUUAGACUUAGAACCUUUGAUUUUAACUUUCCUUUCGAUGCCAAAUUUUGUGGUGAUUAUAAUGACAUCUUUUAACUUUUGUUCACAGCUUUUGUAUCUGGCUAUCGUUUUAUUUGUAGAAGCACUUGUCUGACUGUAAUGGAAGCUUCAUCAAAGCUGAAAUGUUACCCUUCUGUUGAGUUUUAGCUGAAGCACUUGUGUUAUUCUCUAUUUAUCUAUUCAGGGAGUCUUCAAAGCCUAAAGCUUCAAAGCUGGGUUUCCCAGUCUUGCUACUAUCCCAGCUUUCAUGAGUACAUGUAUGUAGACUUUGAGAUCGAAAUAAAGACAUUAUUGAUGAUAAUUA